UUGUCCCAUCGGGUCCCCGUCUGGGCCGCCACCAACUUUUUCAGAUCUCCUAUUGUGUCGUCUUCGUUGCACUUGACGCGCACCUUCUUUCCAAGACGAUCGUUACAAGUUAUCUCGAUCAUACUUCACGUCAAUUCUUGACAGAGUUUACGCAUGCGCAGGUUGAUGAGUGACGACGGAGGCCUGAAGCUGCCGACGAAGCAGGCUGCUUUUCUGGUGAACGGAAUUGCAACGGAAAUUCUCUUGACUCACUUUGGUGAUCGAAUUUUUAUUGCAGUCACGCAGUUACAGAAGCUGGGAACAAUCAUUCAUGCAGCAUCCGAUAAACCUGUGGAAAUAGAAGGACAUCCAACGUUUACUGUAAAGAUUCUUUUGGGCAAGGAUGAGCCGAUUCUAGAAGUCUAUGCUAGACGCUUAAUGGAUGAAAUAUCAAGAAGCAGUACACCUGAUGUUCCUGUAUUGCUUGCUAUUGCUUUGACAGACCACUCACCAGCCUGUAUACAGCCAGUACUUGACGCAAUUAUUGACAACAAAGUUUGGUAGUAGGUAAACAUUUACGUUAGUCACUGUUUAGCUUUAGAUAGAUGUUGGUCAGAUGUUUGAGUACAUACAAGUAGGGGGCAGUAAGGGUUGUGAGAAAGAGAAAGAAAAAAAUGCUUUCUUUGUGCGUUCUGAA